UAUACAGAAACUGGUACUGUUUCUAUUACAAAGGGGCAAUAAAAUUUUCACCCUGAAUGUUGGUGGAUUAUUUUCAGCAUCUUUAGAAUGUUUCUCUACAGUAAAUUGGUGAGUGCAUCAGUAUCUUACUUCACCUUUAUGUACUCCAUGCAGCGAUAAUAAGUAAAAAUCUUGUGUGAUAGAAUAGAAUAGUAUUUAGCCUUACUAACUAAGUAGGAUAGUGUAGAUAGAUAUAAAGUACACAUUUAACCUUCUUUUUUCAUGUUUAAUGUAGAAUGUUGAUUAUAGCAUUAUUACAAAUCACACCUUGCAUAUUGGGGUGGAGCUUAACUAUCCUUGCUAACAAAACUUUUCGUGCUUUUUGAGCUAUGUAGUGUAUUUUAAUUCUUAAGGUUGGCACUUUAAAACCCACUAAAUGACGGAAACAUAUUUGAAUUUAAUUUUGAAUCUAUAACGGUGCUAUGAUUGAUUAAAGAUAAAAGCACGGAAUUAAUUGCCGUUCCUAGAAUAAAAAAUAAUAAACAGACUUAGGAAUUAGUAUUUUAUUAGGAAUUAGUAUUUAAAAAUAAGUACGUAGUACGUAUUAAGUAAGUAGUAAAAAUAAGUACGUAGAAAGAGUGAGAAUUGUUUAUAACAGACUUUUUCGCCUUUUGUGCAUAUAAGGAGCGUAUAAGGAGAAAUAAAAAGUCGAUAUAAAUAAAAUGAUGAUUCAAACAUUAAAUACAUUUGAGCAUAGUGCUUGUAACAAAAAAGAGACAUGUGUUAUUAAUGAACAUUUAUUUUAUCAAUAUUGAAUUCAUGCAAUUACGGUGCAAUCAAUUAAAUAACAAUCCAUCAAAUAAUGGCAUAUGAAAACAAUUAAAGAGACUGAUGAAUAUAAUUAAGCAAAAUGAUAUUCAUGCACUUUUCUGUUUCCGUUUACAUUUCAUUCUAUUGCAGGAUAUCUUGAAUGUUCACUUAUAUUUGCACUUUAGAGCAGCAGUCAUCAAGCAUAAGAAAAAUAAUUCUAAAUAAAAGUUUAUAGUUCUAUUCACUUUACCAAUAAUAAUUCCAAACUUGACAUGUGUAUGUAAAGUCGACAAAACGCUGCUCCGUUCGAAACAUGUUUAUUCAACGAGUGCUCACAGACGAAUGAAAUGAAGAAGACUAAAGGCAUUAAAAGAGAAAAACUGCGCUUGCGCGUAUUUCGUUCUCUGGUCCCAUUUUAUGAUUAUUUUACUGUGAGAAAUAAACGUAUAUUGAAUUUUUUCUUCCCCCCGUGUGAGAUGAAUCACUUAAUCGUUGAGUACUUUUCUUUUCUUGAGAAAUUUCAGAGAAGAAGGGUUAAAUUGUCAUCAAACAGCUUACAAUCGCACGGUGGUAUCGUACACUACUUUGUGCGCUAUAUUUAUGCUAAAUUAAAUAAUUUACCUGGAAAUUUACACAGUGAGAGGAAAGUUUUAAAAUAUAAUAUAAUCUAAUAAUAGAAGAAGAGAAUGGACAAACUGCUGUGGAUUAUUCCGCAGUCAAGUGCGAAGUUUUGACGAUCGCGAAACAUGGUCUGUAUUAAAAAGCGAUACUUUAACUGGAAUCGGUUAUUUCUGCUCCCUUUGGGUUUGUGGCCUGAUAAGGAAACAAAAUUCACUCGUUUUCAGGCAAAGUUGCUUUUUAGUCUUCUGAUGAGCAGCGCUGCAUUUCAGCUCUCAAGACUCUUCAGCGUAGAAUGUCACUUUGAUUCUGCUGUCACAAUACUGUCUUCCUCAUCAUUUUAUAUCGCGCUCACGAUUAUUUUUAUGUGUUUUUGGAUUAACAUGAAAACUAUGAGAUAUUUAUUCGAACAACUACAACAUAUCUAUGACGGGCUAAAGGACAAAGCUGAAAUUGCUAUCUAUGACAAAUACGGAUACAUUGGGAAAUGUCUUACAAUUAGAUUGAUGAUACCUAUGGUGUGCGGCAUGUUUUCUAAUUUUAUCAUAGUAUAUUCGCCGUACAUUCUUGACGUCGUUAUGCCAAAAAAUGAGUCUUACGCAAUUCACGUAAUGGAAAUGGUGACCAAGUACUUCAUUGUAUCAGAAAAGUAUUACUUUUUAGUUCUUGUGCACCUGAACGUAGCCUGUACUGCAGGAUUGAUCGUAACCGUAGGGACGGGAACAAUGAUGUUAUCGUAUUUUAAACAUGCUUGUGGAAUGUUUGAAAUUGCCAGCUACCGUAUUGAGCAAGCAAUGGCGAUCGAGUUGUUACAUGACCUUAAUACGAAAAAUGAGAUUGUAAUUUACAAGAAAAUAAUCUGUGCUGUAGAUAUACAUCGCAAAGCUAUGGAUUUCGCCAAAUGUUUCAUAACGAAUACUGAAGGGACAUUGUUUUUCUUGAUUUUAACUGGUGUGCUUUGCUUGAGUUUCAAUCUUUUUCGUAUAUUUCAAAUUAAAUCACUUGUGGACGAAGUGGAAGAAGUUUUAUUACAUUUUUUCGUUGUAAUACUCGUGCUAGUGGGCUCAUUCCUAGCCAAUUAUGUUGGACAAGAAAUGAUGGAUUACACUAAUCACGUAUAUGAAACCACAUACAAUGUUUCAUGGUACUUAGCACCGUUAGACAUACAGAAAAUGAUACUGUUUCUGUUACAAAGGGGCAGCAGAACUUUCACCCUGAACGUCGGUGGAUUAUUUACAGCAUCUUUCGAAUGUUUCGCUACAGUCAACUUCCUGAGGCAGACAUGGAAAUAUUUCCAUUUUUUCAAAACUUUCUCACAGCUUCAUUAAAUGAAAAACAUGAUGAAACAUUUCUCUGAGGAUACACAAGUGAGACACAAGAACGAAAUAACUAGUACACUUUCAUUCUACUACAUAAUUGAUUCUCCGCGAGCAAUACAGAUGGAAUAAUUUUUAUGUUACCAACUGAAAGAUGCACGUUGUGUGAUUGCGUACAACAACAAUAAGAACAGUUUAUUUAAUUAAAAUGGCAAGAUUAACUAUAGCAAAGAAUACUAAUAUGUUAUAAAGAAAGUAUAUGAUUUUCAUUUAUGAUAAAUAUCGAAAAAUAUCCGUGAAGCAUUUGUUUCAUACGCUGAACGACAUUCUGAAAGAAAUGUUGUACAACGUUCUCAAUUCUAUCGAGUGAAAGAAUUUUUAGUAAAUGAAAAUGUUUAUGUAGAAAACAAACUGGCAAAAGACUGUCACAGAUGAAAAUAAUAAAGUUUUCGUAAGAGUACUAGCUCAUAAUCCACAAAUAGGUCAUUCGUCAUUUUUAGCAUUUCAUAAAAUAGAUUAAGCUAAAUUGUGCAUGACUAAAAACAAAAUAUAUAAAACUUUUCUG